AUGAGGAGAUGGCAUGGUGUUAGAAACCUAGUGUCCACCGCCUUUGAGGAGGAUGAUUUAACAGAACAUUAUACUAUUCAAAGCACACUUGGCCAUGGAGCCUUUGGUGAAGUUAAAUUGGCCAGACACAUACUCACGCAGACAAUGGUAGCAGUAAAAAUUCUCCCAAAAGGCAGAAUGUACACCCUCGUCAAAUCAGAAAUUGAAAUAAUGAAAGCUCUGGACCACCCCAAUAUUGUUAAACUUUUGCACAUAGUAGACACUAAAAAUCACACGUAUAUGAUCAUAGAACAUGCUCCUGGAGGAGAGCUGCUGAGCAAGAUAAUGGAGUUGGGCUACCUGCCAGAGGAAGAAUCCUGUAGGCUAUUUAAACAGAUGGUACGUGCCCUCCACUACUGUCAUCAGAAAGGAAUUGCCCACAGGGACCUAAAACCUGAAAAUAUAUUAGUGGAUAGAAAAGGAAACAUAAAACUUAGUGACUUUGGCCUGGCCACCAAGCUUACUGUGGGAGAGAAGCUGGGAUCAUUUUGCGGGACCCUCCCUUAUUGUGCCCCUGAACUCUUUGAAGGUAGAAGCUAUGACGGUCUAGCAAUUGAUGUCUGGAGCCUGGGCGUUGUAUUAUAUUUUAUGACAACAGGCUCCCUGCCUUUCCAUGGGCAUACACAUGAAGGACUAAAGCGGAGGAUCAUUGAAGGAAAGUACUCCAUGGCGUUCAAGCUGUCACCAGAGCUUUGGGACACAAUUGCUAAGUUGUUAACGGUAAACCCUGAACAAAGGCCAAGAAUAGGAGACAUCAUAAACUUUCAAUGGCUACAGCAUGGCAGGGAAGGUUCUCCCAGUUCUUUAAGAGAGAAUUCUGACAACCACCCAGACCCCACUGUCAUGGUCAUCAUGGGAGUCAUGGGAUACACACAAGAAGAGAUAAAGGAAUCUUUACAAAAGAAAAAAUUUGACCCGGUCAUGGCUACUUAUCUUAUUCUUAGGCAACAGUCACCCUGGGGGGAUAGCUUUAUAAAAGAACUCAAGUCCAGGCAGUCAGACCAAACCUUGCCUCUUACAGAGCCAACUUUGAAAGUUCAAGGAACUAUAAAGAGAACAUCAGGUAUCUGUUCACUACCAACCUUUGCCUUACCCACUGCACUGGAGAGUUCUGAUAAUCACAAAUACCAUGGAAGGAGGAACAGUAUGCCAACCACUUUGAACUGGUCAUACAAGAAGAAAGCCCCUGUUCUCACAAUCUGCCAACAGCGUGUCCAAAAGGCUCCUUUCAUGAGCAGUACAUCACCAGAAACCUGUUCCAGCCACUCAUCCUUGGUUGUGUCCAAGGCUGGUUCUAAUGAUUCAAAGAACAAGGUGUCCUCACAGGUUGUUUCAUCUCAUCAUGCCUCUGGAGAGGAAGGCCAGGGUGAGCAAAUCACCAAAACUGGUAAAAAUAUUAGCUCAUCUCAGGAGGACCUCAGGGCACAGCCCUAUGAACUGACUACAUCUGGUUCACAGAACAACAUCACCUCACAGGAUACAUCACCUUCAUUCUCCGGUGAGAAGAACCAGGGUAAAUGUCCCACUGUACAAGAAAAAAAGCCCAGUCAAUCCUCCCCAGAUAUACACCAGGGAAAUCUCAGUGGCCAAAGACAGAUUGCACCCAGAGCCCCAUUUAGAAAACGGAUCUGGAAGACCAUGAAGACUGGCUUUGUGAGAGGACUGGGGACUUUAUGUUGCUGUUUACCAAUCCAAAUGAGAGAGCGUCUAGCCAACAACAAAACCUUGGCUAGCGGGUGUAUUCAUGAUGGCUGGUGGUACCUCAGUUUUGUCAGCCAAGUGAUACACUCUGUGGGCUUCAGAAACAUUAUAAACAGAUUGCAAAGUUUAUGCCCAAAUUGUUAUCCCUAUUUCAAAGAAGAAAGAUACAAGGAUGCUGUCCAUUUGUACCACAAAUCUUUGGCAGAGCAACAAACCCCAGACAUGCUCAAGAAGUUUCAGCAGGCAGAGAACAUCCAGUAUAUUGAUAUAGGACUGGCCUACAUCAACCCUGAGUUGGCUUUGGAUAAGAAGAAGAAGGGCAAUGAAGGCUUGAAGACAGGGGACCACCUCCAGGUCAUGAAGUAA